UGAUUCAUUAUAUUAUGAUUUGCUAAGGUCAACAUUAUCUCAGGGUCAUAUGACAUUAAAAUCUAAAUACAUGAUUAGAGCAUGCUUCUUUCAACUGAUAACCAUAUAAGUUAUUGCUUAAAAUUCAUAAUGAUUCUUCUCUGUACAGAAUAUUCAGUUGGCUUUUAUUAAUGAACAAUACAAUAUUCUUAAGUACAGAAAUUUGAGGAAGUAAAAUCAUGAACUAUUUUGUGGGCGUUGAUGUAGGAACCGGAAGUGCAAGAGCUGCAUUAGUUUCUUUAAAUGGAAAAAUUAUAAAAGUUGCAGUAUGCCCUCUUGAGAUUUUUAAUCCUGUGAAAGAUUUUUAUGAACAAUCUUCUGAUAAUAUUUGGAGUGCUGUCUGUAAAGUAGUAAAGACAGUUACAGAAGGCACUUCAAUCAAUAAUAUUAAAGGUAUUGGAUUUGAUGCUACUUGUUCUUUAGUAGCCAUAGACAAAAAUGGAUUACCAGUCAGUGUUAGUCCAUCAGGAAAAGAUAAACAAAAUGUUAUACUUUGGAUGGAUCAUAGAGCUCAAAAAGAAGCAGAUUUUAUUAAUUGUCUUAGGCAUGAUAUACUUUGUUACGUAGGUGGGAAAGUUUCUUUAGAAAUGCAAACUCCUAAAAUGCUUUGGCUUAAAAACAAUUUACCAGUGUCUUGGAAUCGCGCGGCAUUACUUUUUGAUCUUCCAGAUUUUCUUACUUGGAAAGCAACUGGUUCUGAAUCGAGAUCUUUGUGUUCUUUGGUUUGUAAGUGGAAUUAUUAUGCUGAACCAGGUGUAAAUGGUUGGAAGGAAGACUUUUUUAAUCAAAUUGGUUUACAAGAUCUUAAAGAAAAUAAUUGGAGUAAAUUAGGUAAUAAGGUAAAAGCACCUGGAGAACCGGUUGGUCAAGGAUUAUCUGCAAAAGCAGCAUUAGAAUUAGGACUUUUAAAGGGAACAGCAGUAGGUACUUCCCUUAUUGACGCACAUGCUGGUGGACUUGGUAUGAUAGGUUGUACAGUUCCUGGCAUAUCUAAUAAAUUAUCUAGCCGAUUGGCACUUAUAUGCGGUACAUCAACAUGUCACAUGGCUGUAAAUGAAGAUAAAAUAUUUAUUAAUGGUAUUUGGGGACCUUAUUAUAGUGCUAUGAUUCCUGGCUUAUGGCUUCACGAAGGUGGUCAAAGUGCAACUGGAAAAUUACUUGACCAUGUGAUUGACACACAUCCUGCUACUCCUAAGAUCCUGAAAUCUUUAGAAAAUAAUAUGCACAUUCAACAAUAUUUAUCUGGAUUAUUGCAAACUAUGGCAAAUAAAAAGAAUAUAAAAAAUGUAUCCUAUUUAACAAAAUAUGUUCAUGUUUGGCCCGAUUUCCAUGGAAAUCGUUCUCCUCUUGCUGAUCCAACGCUCAAAGGAAUGGUUUCAGGUCUCUCCUUAUCAGUGGAUGAGGAAAACUUAGCAAUAUUAUAUCUAGCUACGAUACAAGCAUUGACGUAUGGUACGAAAUAUAUUUUGGAAACUUUGAUAGCCGCUGGUUAUGAAAUCGAAAGUAUAUUAAUUUGCGGUGGUCUUAGUCAGAAUCCAUUGUUUGUUCAAAUUCAAGCCGAUGUUUUGGCCUUACCUGUACUUUGUCCUAUAGAAAAGGAAUCAGUUUUAAUAGGUGCAGCUAUUCUCGGAUCAUAUGCCGCAAGGGAAUUUGUUUCUAUGAACGCUGCUAUAAAGUCAAUGGGAGGUGAAGCACAAGUUAUACAACCACAAACUGAAUGUUACAAAUAUCAUUUACGAAAAUACGAGGUUUUUAAAAGAAUGGUUCAAGAUCAGAGAGAUUAUGAUAAAUUUAUGAAUGAAGAAAUAAAUGCCUGAUCUGAAUAUUAUCUAUUAAUUAGCAUUUAAUAAUGCAUAACGUCAUUGCUAUUACAAUGAAACUUAUGUAAGUAAUUAUAAUAUAUCGUGUAAAAACAAAAAAAAAAAAGAAAGAUAUUUUAUAUUACCUUUAUAUGUAUUAUGUGCAAAUCUUUGUAGAUCUUUUGUACUUAUAUGUAAAAUAAAAAAAAAUAUAUAUGUGUAUAUAUAUAUAUAUAUAUAUAUAUAUAUAUAGAAUACAAUAUAUAGUUAUAUUUAUUUUUAUCACAAAUUACAUUUUGUAAUAUAAAGAAUGUGUGCUUAUCAUGUGCUUAACAAUUUUUAAUACAUUUCUAUGUACUUAACUUACUAAUUUAUAUAGUAAAAAAAAAAAAAAACAUAAUCAUAACAGUAUUGCUACAAAUUUCAUCUUUGAAAAAAAUAUCAAAAGUCCCUUAAUGAGAACAUUUUAUUUUAAAAAUAUCGAGUAGUAAGAAUAGGCGUCUCUAAUAUCAUUAUACAAGUCUAAAAAACAAUAGUAACGUACUUUGGUAGAAUUCAGUGGAAUCUUCAUGCGUUACGUUUUCAGAAAUCAAAUGAUUAUUACUUGUUUAAUAUAUAAAUUGAGGAGGAAUAUUUUUGGUGAAAAUUUAAAUCUUUAUUAAAAUAUAAAAAGUGGAAAUAAAUAUAGAAUAUGAAAAAUCAAUAGGAAUAUAUGGAAGCAAUAAUUUCUUUUCUUUUUUUUUUUUUUUUUUUUUUUUUCUAUCACAACAAUAGUUCUUCAUAUAAGUUAUUCCAUUCAUAACUUAAUCCAAGAACAUAUGAUUUCUCAUGGUUUUUUUUCAUGAUUAAGAAAAACUUAUCCUGCUACCACGCAUGUACAAUUAUAUUUGUUAUAAUACUGGUAAAAUGCUUUGGAUAUGAUGCUAUUUAUGUUCACAAAAAAAGUAUUAUCUCAGAUUCAAUGUUUUUUUUUUUUUUUUCAAUUACAAGAAAAAUUACCAAUAAUAAUUUUUAUCAUUUCCUUUAUAUCAAAAUAUUUCAUAUGUCGAUUGAAAUGAUACUUUGAUACAUUUAAAUUCAAAAUCUUUUAAGAUAUUCCCUUUUUAUCAAUACACAUGAACAUUAAUAAAGAAAAGAAAAAAAAAAAAAAAAAAAA